GGGUCAGACCUGUGGGAACCACGUGAGGCAGCGGCUGGGCAGGGAAAAUGGCGGCUUCAGGCGAGAGCGGGACUUCGGGCGGCGGAGGCGGCACGGAGGAAGCGUUUAUGACCUUCUAUAGUGAGGUGAAACAAAUAGAGAAGAGAGAUUCGGUUCUAACAUCCAAAAAUCAGAUUGAGAGAUUGACCCGUCCUGGCUCCUCCUACUUCAAUUUGAACCCAUUUGAGGUUCUUCAGAUAGAUCCUGAAGUGACAGAUGAAGAGAUAAAAAAGAGGUUUCGGCAGUUAUCGAUAUUGGUGCAUCCUGAUAAAAAUCAAGAUGAUGCUGACAGAGCACAAAAGGCUUUUGAAGCUGUGGACAAAGCUUACAAGUUGCUACUGGAUCAGGAACAAAAGAAGAGGGCCCUGGAUGUAAUUCAGGCAGGAAAAGAAUACGUGGAACACACUGUGAAAGAGCGAAAAAAGCAAUUAAAGAAGGAAGGGAAAUCUACAAAUGUGGAGGAGGAUGACCCUGAGCUGUUCAAACAGGCAGUAUACAAACAGACCAUGAAACUCUUCGCUGAGCUGGAAAUUAAAAGGAAAGAAAGAGAAGCCAAAGAGAUGCAUGAAAGGAAGCGGCAAAGGGAAGAAGAGAUUGAAGCUCAAGAAAAAGCCAAGCGAGAAAGGGAAUGGCAGAAAAACUUUGAGGAAAGUCGAGAUGGUCGUGUGGAUAGUUGGCGAAAUUUCCAAGCAAAUACAAAGGGGAAGAAAGAGAAGAAAAAUCGAACCUUCCUGAGACCACCAAAAGUAAAAAUGGAGCAGCGUGAGUGACCACCUGAGGUCACAGCCACAGAACCUUCCUCCAACUGCCUCCUCUCCUGCUUUGAAGGACUCAUUCUUUCCUUCCACCCGUACCUGAACAUAGAGUAGUAUUUGCUUUUUAGUCCAUUUUGUUUCAGUACAAUUUAAUAUCAAUCAGAGUAAUUCUUUUGUACAUUGAAAUGAGGAGCUCGGUUUUAAAAAAAGACCUUCCCCACUCCCUACCCCCAGAGCAACCAGGAUUGGAAGGUGCCACCAUUGGUGCUCCUUCUGUUCCCACAGGCUGUAACUUAAUGUUUUGUACUUCACUGAAUUGUGAUGGUUAGAAACUCCGUGUAUAGUUUAUGGAAAUCAUCCAAUUAAACAUGUUGCCUAAAAUGGUGUUGCGGUGACUUCCGAGACAAGCCUAGACCAUUUUAGGAAGCUCUUUUCCUUCAGUAGCUUGUUUCUGGGUGUGGCAUCCUUUGAAGCCCCAAAUUGGACAGGGAAGGCAGUGCGGGCAGGCAGAGCAGUCACUCAGUGCCCUGCUGCCCCAUAGUGUUUGGCAUGUGCCCUUCUCAUCUGACUGCCCAGUCAACUUGGCAUGAGGCUCCAAGCCACCCAAACCUACUCACUUUCCAAAGAGCUAGCUGACUCUCUCCAGUACUGUCAUGUCCUAGCCUGUCUGUAUUCGUUAGUAGUAAAAUUCUGUAUGUGUAAUAAAUUUUUACACCCAAACCAU